UCCAGGGAAGGAAAAUAACCCAAGGGGAAAAAUCAGAAAGAGUGAGAAAUUAGAACGUAAAUUACUACAGUUGCCAGCAAAUCCCAAGGGCCCUCUGAGACUGAGCCUGGGCCCACAGGGCCUUCCAGCUGCUGCAAAGAUGAAGAAUUCUUGCAUCACCAUGAGGCUGCUGUUGUCUGGGUCCUUUCUCUUAGUGCUGGCCUCGGGCUACAACCUGGACGUGCGGCACGUGCAGAACUUCUCCUUCCCAAGUGCCGGGAGCCACUUUGGGUACCGGGUCCUGCAGGUCGGAGACGGAGUUGUCGUGGGAGCUCCAGGCGAGGGGAACAGCACAGGAAACCUCUACCAGUGCCAGCCGGGCACUGGCCACUGCCAGCCAGUCAGCCUGAGUGGUUCCAAAUAUACCUCCAAGUACUUGGGAAUGACCUUGGCAACAGACGCUACGGGUGGAAGCCUUUUGACCUGUGACCCUGGGCUGUCUCGAACAUGUGACCAGAAUACCUAUCUGAGUGGCCUGUGUUACCUCUUCCCUCAGAAUCUAGGGGGUCCUGUGCUACAAGGGCGCCCUGGUUAUCAGGAAUGUUUAAAGGGCAACGUAGACCUUGUAUUUCUGUUUGAUGGCUCGAGGAGCUUGCAGCAAGAUGAAUUUCAGAAAAUUCUGGACUUCAUGAAGGAUGUGAUGAGAAAACUCAGCAACUCUUCCUACCAGUUUGCUGCUGUUCAGUUUUCUUCAUCCUACAAAACAGAAUUUAAUUUCUUGGAUUAUGUUAAAGUGAAGGACCCCGAUGUUCUGCUAGCCAACGUAAGGCACAUGCUCCUGUUGACCAACACCUUUGGUGCCAUCAACUAUGUCGCGACAGAGGUAUUUCGGCCAGAACUGGGUGCCCGACCAGAUGCCACCAAAGUGCUCAUUAUCAUCACUGAUGGGGAGGCCACUGACAGCGGCAGCAUCGCGGUGGCCGAGGACAUCACCCGCUACAUCAUUGGGGUUGGGAAGUAUUUUAAGACCAAGAAAAGUCAGGAGACACUCCACGAAUUUGCCUCAAAACCCACAAAGGAGUUUGUGAAGAUUCUGGACACAUUUGAAAAGCUGAAGGACCUUUUCACUGACCUGCAAAAGAAGAUCUACGCCAUCGAGGGCACAAACAAAAAGGACCUGACAUCCUUCAAUAUGGAACUGUCCUCCAGUGGGAUCAGCGCUGACCUCAGCAGGGGCCAUGCUGUCGUGGGGGCAGUUGGAGCCCAGGACUGGGCUGGCGGCUUUCUAGACUUGAAGGCAGACCUGCAGGAUGACACGUUUGUUGGGAACGAACCACUAACUGAAGAAGAGACAGGGGGAUAUUUGGGUUACACAAUGACCUGGCUGCCAUCCCAGGGGCCCACAUCACUGCUGGCAGUUGGAGCCCCCCGAUACCAGCAUAUAGGGCGGGUACUGCUGUUCCGGGAACCACAGGGUGAAGGACACUGGAGCCAGGUCCAGGAAAUAGAUGGGAGCCAGGUCGGCUCUUAUUUUGGUGGUGAGUUGUGUGGUAUCGACAUGGACCAGGAUGGGGAGACAGAGCUGCUGCUGAUUGGAGCCCCCCUGUUCUAUGGGGAGCAGAGAGGAGGACGGGUGUUUAUCUACCAGAGAAAACAGCUGGGGUUCGAAGUGGUCUCAGAACUUCAGGGGGAUGCCGGCUACCCCCUGGGGCGGUUUGGAGCGGUGAUCGCUGCUCUGACAGACAUCAACGGGGACAGGCUGAUGGACGUGGCUGUGGGUGCCCCUCUGGAGGAGCAGGGGGCUGUGUACAUCUUCAACGGGCGGCUGGGUGGGCUCAGCCCCCGGCCAGGUGAGCGAAUAGAGGGGUCCCGGGUGUCCUCAGGAAUUCGGUGGUUUGGACGCUCCAUCCACGGGGUGAAGGACCUUGGAGGGGAUGGCCUGGCAGAUGUGGCUGUGGGUGCUGAGGGCCAAGUGAUCCUGCUGAGCUCCCGGCCCGUGGUGGACAUAGUCACUGAGAUGACCUUCUCCCCAGCCGAGAUCCCCGUCCAUGAAGUGGAGUGCUCCUACUCAACCAGCACCAAGAAGAAGGAAGGUGUGAACGUCACAGUCUGUUUCCAGGUCCAGCCCCUCAUCCCUCACCUCCAAGGUCUCCUGGUUGCCAACCUCAGUUACACUCUGCAGCUGGACGGCCUUCGGACCAGAAGCCGGGGCUUGUUCCCAGGCGGGAGAAGUGAGCUCAGCGGGAACCGGGCUGUCACGGCAGCCAAGUCCUGCUCUCAGUUCUGGUUUCACUUCCCGGUAUGCAUUCAAGACCUUAUCUCCCCCAUCAAUGUCUCCCUGAAUUUUGCUCUUUGGGAGGAAGAAGGAACACCAAGGGACCAAGGCAUGGGCCCUCCACUCCUCCAUGCUCAACGGGGCAGGAACCUGCGACCCAUCCUGAGACCCUCGCCACAUUCAGAGACCAAGGAGGUCCCUUUUGAGAAGAACUGUGGGGAAGACAAGAAAUGCGAGGCAAGCUUGAGGUUGUCCUUCUCCCCUGCAAGAUCCAGAGUUCUCUAUCUGACCCCGUCUGCCAGCCUCUCUGUGGACUUGACCCUGAGCAACGUGGGAGAAGAUGCUUACUGGGUCCACCUGGAACUGAGCUUCCCCCAUGGCCUCUCCUUCCGCAAAGUGGAGAUGCUCAAGCCGCACAGCCAGGUACCUGUGAGCUGCGAGGAGCUCCCUGAGGAGCCCAGGCUUCCAACCAGACCGACCAGAACGCUCUCUUGCAACGUGAGCUCUCCCAUCUUUAAAGCAAGUAGCUCGGUUGUUAUCCAGGUGAUGUUUAAUAUGCUUACGCUGCAGAACAGCUCCUGGGGGGACGCUGUGGAGCUGCAUGCCAAGGUGAAAUGUGACAAUGAGGACUCAGACCUUCUGAUGGACAACUUGGCCACCACCAGCAUCCCUGUCCUGUACCCCAUCAACGUCCUCAUCGAGGACAUGGAAAACUCCACUCUCUACAUCAGUUUCACUCCCAAAGGUCCCAAGGUCCACCAAGUCAAGCACAUCUACCAGGUGAGAAUUAAGCCCUUCGAUCACGACCACAACCCACCCGCCCUGGAGGCCUUGGUGAGGGUGCCACAGCCUCCCAGCAAGGGGCCCGUCACGCACAAGUGGAGUGUGCAGAUGGAGCCCCCUGUCACCUGCCUAUGUGAGGACCCGACGCUGCUGUCCGCUGUGGCUGAGUCUUGUCUCCCUGGAGCCGAGUGCCGCUGCCCAAUUGUCUUCAGGGAGGAGAUCUUCGUCCAGGUGGUCGGGACUGUGGAGCUGGUGGAAGAGAUCAAGGCCUCAUCCAUGUUCAGCCUCUGCAGCUCCCUGUCCAUCUCCUUCAACAGCAGCAAGCACUUCCACCUCUAUGGCAGCAACGCCUCCCUGGCUCAGGUCGUCAUGAAGGUCGACAUCGUGUACGAGAAGGAGAUGCUCUAUCUGUACGUGCUGAGUGGUGUCGGGGGGCUGUUGCUGCUGCUGCUGAUUUUCCUAGCGCUGUACAAGAUUGGCUUCUUCAAACGGAACCUGAAGGAGAAGAUGGAGGCUGAUGGUGGCGUCCCAAAUGGACUCCCUGGAGAAGACUCUGGGUGCCCAGCAUCUGGGGAAGAAGCUGGAGAUCCGGGCUGCCUGGAGCCCCUCCAAGGGGAGAAGACCCAGGAGGAAGAUGUCAAGGACUGAGGCCCAGGCUGAUGCUCAGAGGGCCCAGGACUGGACCUGGGAAGCCAGGAGCCAAUCUACUUCUACCUGCAUUUCACUGUGUCCUUGUGCAGGUCACCUUCCUUGGCCUCGGUUUUCUAUCUUGAACGUGGAGUAGCACAUUCCUGCGUGCCACUUUUGCAGGCUUGUGGGACUCUUCUGU